AUGCCUGUGGUGUAUUUAUUUCCAGGUAUAUCAGCUGGUGAGCUUAUAAACCCACCAAAAACCUCUGAGCAAGUGAAUAAAGAAGCCAGAGAAGGACAUGAUCUGUACAUUGUGUCACACGAUGAUUAUUAUGCAGGAAUUGGUGAUCUUCAUGGCCAGGUUCCAUGUGAGUUCCUCUGUGGUAAGGACAGAGAAAGAGCUGUCUUGUCUGCAGUUCAGCAAAGUUUGAAGAAAGCUACUUUUGAGAAUUUUGAUGUAUUACUGGAAGCUUUCAGAUAAUAUGAUAAGACUGGUGAUGGAAUGAUAAACAAGGAAGAUAUACGAAAGUCCUGUUUUCAGCUUAAUCUGAAUCUAGAUGUUGAGCUGCUGGAUUCCUUAUUGGACUGUUGUGAUUUGGAUAAAGAUGCUCUGAAUCAUUAUCUGGAGUUUGCAAACUUUCUGAACUGGAAAGACAAUAUGGCUGGUAAAGAAUUUGAAUUAAAAAUGAUUGCAAAAGGGAAAAAGUCAUAUGUCUCUGUUGUUCCUGAAGACAGACAGAUAAAUGAUGAGCCCCAGGUGAAGCAGGAUAAUCUUGUGCUUAAAGAACCAGCAAGCACAGAAAAGACAUCAAAACCGCUUACAAGAUCAACAGACCACGUGCUUGCAAAUUAUCAAACAACAUCUUUUCAGUAUAAUGCUGUAGUAGGUGGUCUCCCAACAUCUUGCCAUGCUGCCUGUUUGAUUUCCACAAGUUAUCCACUGUGUGGUGUUCCAACUGUUUGUUCAGAUAUUCCUGCUCCUCGAAUUUGCCGCAUCAGUGGCAGAACUAAUUAUGGUGAUCAGGUCAAUGCAUUUGCAGUAUUUUUCUCUUCUUUCUUCAGCUUAAAGGGAGUGUGUGAAAGAGAGCUUUUAAAAAAGAAACCAAAGGCAGAGAUUGCUCAAAUUCUCCACAACAUCGGCAUGAACAUUUCAGAUGAAAGGCUUGAAGAGAUAUGGAACCAA